CAUUUAAGUUUUCAAACCACAAAAUCUACAUCAUGUCAUACCGCAAUCUAACUCCUACUCUCAAAUCUGUCUCACGAGCAUGUUCACAACAAUCUGCCAAAAGAUCUUAUUCUAUCUUAACUAAUCGAACUUCAAGGGCAGCUCCAUCUAUCCUUAAGGCUGGUUUGAAUCAAGUUCAAUCUCGUGGGAUAAGAACUCUUGAUUUUGCUGGUACCAAAGAAGUGGUUUAUGAACGUGCAGAUUGGCCUGCUUCUAAACUACAAGAAUAUUUCAAAGAUGAUACUUUGGCUAUGAUUGGUUAUGGAUCACAAGGUCACGGUCAAGGUUUGAAUGCCCGUGAUAAUGGUCUUAACGUCAUCGUUGGUGUUCGAGAAGGCGGUAAGAGCUGGAAGAUGGCCAUGGAAGACGGUUGGGUUCCCGGUAAGACCCUCUUCCCCAUCAAAGAGGCUCUUCAAAAGGGUACCAUCAUCAUGAACUUGCUCUCCGAUGCUGCUCAAUCACAAACAUGGGACGAAAUCAAACCAUACCUUACCAAAGGCAAAACUUUAUACUUCUCCCACGGUUUCUCUGUUGUUUACAAAGAUGAUACCGGUGUUGUCCCACCAAAAGAUAUCGAUGUAAUCCUUUGUGCUCCAAAAGGAAGUGGUGUAACUGUGCGAACACUUUUCAAAGAAGGACGUGGUAUCAACGGUAGUAUCGCUGUCUUCCAAGAUGUGACUGGAAAGGCAAAGGAAAAAGCUAUUGCUUUAGGUGUUGGUGUUGGAACUGGUUAUCUUUAUGAGACUACUUUUGAAAAGGAAGUUUACUCUGACCUUUAUGGAGAACGUGGUGUUUUGAUGGGUGGUAUCCAGGGUAUGUUUUUGGCUCAAUACAAGGUUCUCAGAGAGAAUGGACACUCUCCUUCAGAAGCCUUUAACGAGACUGUCGAAGAAGCCACCCAAUCCCUCUUCCCCUUGAUCGGAGCUCACGGUAUGGAUUACAUGUAUGCAGCAUGUUCGACCACUGCACGAAGAGGUGCACUUGAUUGGGCACCUAAGUUUGAAGCAGCCAACAAACCUGUGUUUGAAGAAUUAUACCGAUCAGUUCGAAAUGGUGAUGAAACUCGUCGAUCAUUAGAUUUUAAUGGACGUAAGACUUACAAUGAAGAUUUAGCUAAAGAACUUGCUGAGAUUGAUGCUCAAGAAAUCUGGAGAGCUGGUCACACUGUCCGAAAAUUACGACCUGACAGUAAGACCAAAGCAUAAAUCAUUAAAUCAUAUACCGAAACUUGAUCGCAUUGCUUCUGUUGCAAGAAUCUUUCCAAGAGAUGAAGCAAAAAAGAACAAAAUCAUAAUUGUGAUGAAAAUAAGAUUGCGUUCAAAGUGAUUUGUGAUAUGUGCCCUCAAAAUUGAUACAACGUCCGUUUUUUUGCUUGCAUUGAACACUACAUAUAUCUCUUUGUAGUUUUUUUCAUCUAUGUUUUUAUGAGUGGUGAUUUGCAGAAAUUGAAGUAUUGAAAAUUUGAUGAC